AUGGUCGGGGACGAGCUCAUUGAUUCCCGCGUCUCGGUGAAGCAGUGCAAGCGCGCCGUCGAUGCGAUACAUACCCACCAGGCCAAGAAAACUGACAAGGAGUCAGCCAAUGAACUCUUACCGGGGAAAGAGCAAAUCGUUUGGCUGAAUGUCGCAGUCAAGAAAGUCGCUGCUGAGAGGAAGAUAAUGCCCAUACGAAUUCCUGUGGUUCACCCCAUUGUCGACCCCCGGACAUCCAGCGUCUGUCUUAUUACAAAAGACCCCCAACGGGAGUACAAAGAUCUGCUGGAGGCUAAAGAUAUCAAGUUUAUCUCCCGCGUCGUCGGCAUCAGCAAGUUGAAGGGGAAAUUCAAGCCCUUCGAGGCUCGAAGAAUACUACUGAAGGAAAACGGACUGUUCUUAGCUGACGAUCGAGUUAUCCCUUUGCUCCCGAAGUUGCUAGGCGAAAAAUGGUUUAAUGCGAAAAAGCAACCCAUCCCUGUUACCUUGACCCGCAAAGAUCUCAAAAAAGAACUUGAACAUGCUAUUCAGUCGACGUACAUGAACCAGAAUCGUGGUACUAAUACUGCAAUAAAGAUUGGAACCAUGUCCCACACGCCGGCUCAGAUUCUCGCAAACUUGAAAGUUGCUCUUCCCGUCAUCGCCAAACGUAUCAGCGGCGGAUGGGACAACGUACAAGCCCUCUCCAUCAAGACUAGUUCUAGCGCCUCGUUGCCAAUUUGGAGCUGCUCUUUGGGAGACGAGGAAGGUGGUCGUUGGGCAGGCUUGGGUGCCGAUGCCGAUGUGGAGGACGAUGAAGAUGACGAUGACGAGUCCAUGAAGGUCGACGAGCCUGCCUCGAAGAAACCUAAAUCCCCCUCCAACGGGAAAAAGCGUGCUGCUGCCGACGAAGAGCCAGAAGAAACUUCUAAGCCCAAAAAGAAGACAAAAGGUGUCGAAGACAAGUCUGCAGCGGAACCAUCCAAAGCUGCGAAAGGGAAGGCUCCCGUUUCAGCGGGUUCGUCGCCGAAGAAGGAAAAAGCCAAAACCACGAUCUCCACCGCUGAAAAAGUCACCGCUGAUUCAUCGAAGAAGUCAAGGGCUCCCGCUCCCAAGGAUUCCGCUUCCUCCAAGGAGACCGUUGCGCCGCCAGAGCCUGCCUCCUCCAACGGGCCUUCCAAGAAGGAUAAGAAAGGUAAAAAGACCAAGUCAGCGGAUGAGAGCGCGGCUCAGGCUCCGGCCGAUUCUCUCAAUGCGGAUGAUCUCAAGAAGAAACGCAGCGUUGCCCCAGGCGAGAAGAAAAAGGACAAGGUGGUCAAGGCGAAGGGAGGUAAGAGUGCGAAGAAUGAGAUUAUUGGAAAGAAAUCGGUUUUAGCAUAG